UCAGCAGAUGGCGAAGUGAGACUUUAUUAAGGCAAUGCUGUUGGUGUGACGUAUAAUCUAGUGGACGGAACGCUUCUUUAAACAGCAGCAACCGUUCGUCAGCCACCUCGGUAGCUUGCUAUACAAAAUAGCCGAACCAAUAAAGCUCUUUAGACGCUUUAGUGUAUAUUAGCCACGGUGUUUUAAACCCACUUCUGUCCUCUAGUUAGUUAUCCGAUUUAAUUUCAUAUUUACGGAGUUGUUGUUAUUAUUCAGCUAACAGGCUGGUUAAGUUAGCAUUAGCCUAGCUAGCUAACAUCCCCGACCAUGCGGUCACUAAGCUACUCUCCUUCUAAAGAAGAGGUGGGUAUCACAGUAAAACAAGAAGUAGAGGGUGAGGCCGUUACUGUGAAAGAAGAGGAAGACACGUUCAGAGUGAAAGAGGAGGAGGAUUCAUUUUAUGGAUUGAAAGAGGAAGAGGUGGAGAUGACUGUCACAUCCACAAAGGAGGAGGAAGAAGAGAAGGAACCUGGAUAUCUGGGCCCGGUUUCCCAAACGCAUCUUAAGGUGUCUGAUGGUUCUAACGGUGAAUUGAGAAACCGUUCCAUGAUUAACACUAGAGAGAGACGGGACUAUCGUGGAUCUUCUGGGGAGCCUCAACAACCUCGUGAUGCUGACGAGGCAGAGAAAAGUAUCUCCAGAUCAGAACACCUCAAGAAACACCCGCAGAGACCCUCAUGGAAGAGAACUCACAUCUGCUCUGACUGUGGGAAACAUUUCAAAUUUUCAUAUGAACUUAAAAUACACCAGAGAACACACACAGAAGAGAAACCUUAUAGCUGUGCUCAAUGUGGGAAGAGUUUUACUACAUCUUGCAAGCUGACUAGACACCAGAGAACACACACAGGAGAGAGACCGUAUAGCUGUACUCAAUGUGGGAAGAGUUUUUCUCAGUCAACCACCCUGAUAGCACACCAGAGAACACACACAGGAGAGAAACCUUAUAGCUGUGCUCAAUGUGGGAAGAGUUUUACUACAUCUAGCAGCUGGUAUAGACACCGGAGAACACACACCGGAGAGAAACCUUAUAGCUGUGUUCAAUGUGGGAAGAGUUUUGCUACAUCUUGCAAGCUGACUAGACACCAGAGAACACACACAGGAGAGAGACCGUAUAGCUGUACUCAAUGUGGGAAGAGUUUUUCUCAGUCAACCACCCUGAUAUCACACCAGAGAACACACACAGGAGAGAAACCUUAUAGCUGUGUUCAAUGUGGGAAGAGUUUUGUUACAUCUAGCAGUCUGACUAAACACCAGAGAACACACACAGGAGAGAAAUCUUAUAACUGUACUGAAUGUGGGAAGAGUUUUACUCAGUCAACCAGCCUUAUAUCACACCAGAGAACACACACAGGAGAGAAAUCUUAUAACUGUACUGAAUGUGGGAAGAGUUUUACUCAGUCAACCAGCCUUAUAUCACACCAGAGAAAACACACACAGGAGAGAAAUCUCAUAGCAUUGCUCAAUGUGGGAAGAGUUUUGCUACGUUUAGUAAGCGGACUACACAACAUGUAACACACACACAGGAGAGAAUUCUCAGCUGUGAUCAGUGUUUGUCCUUGAUAAAAUACCUCUGAUCAAACAUCAGAAAAUACAUGAAGGAGUUGUUUCAUGAUGUCAAUUAAUUAAUGUCACAGUGUAGAACGUUUCAACAUUGUAGUAGGAGUAUUUUAGUCAUGUCACGAUGUCGAACCCUAAACGUUUGCCCCUUUUCUAUUGAUUUGAACUUGAUAGGGAUGUUAGCUUCACGGAAAAUUCAGGCUCUGAAUUGAAAGAGUACUAAUUAUGUGAUUUAACAAAAAGGGACGAGUUGUGUUACCCUUACGACGUUGAUGACCCACUUGAGUAAAAAAUGCGUCACUUCAAAAUGUAGCUAGCUGUUUUCUACAAAUUGUCCUCUAACCAGGGAUGUACACAUUACUCUCAGAUUCUGUGUGGUUUUUGAGCUGUUAGUUUUAACAGGACGUGUAACCUCAUCUCCCUCCGGUCGCACACUUGAUUUCAACAUGAUAUCGAGGAAUUAUGACAAAUAAGUGUUGUGUUUCUUUGUUUAGCGACCCCUACAUUAUUUAAAUGCAUCUCUCCAAAAUGUUGCUGACUGUCUUCUGCAGGUUGUCCUCUAACCAGUGAGGUAAAAGAUAUCUCCCAUUUCCAUGUGUUUUGUUUUUUAGUUGUGUUAGUUUCAACAGCACGAACAACCUGAUUUUCCCCCCUAAUUGAUAUCAGUGAUUUAUUGCUACUUGUCAAAACAGCGUUUCUGGUGCUUGUGCAGUUUAUAAGGAGUUUGUUUUAAAAAAUACAAGUAAUAUGAUUAUUGUGGCAGA